AUGGGGGAGCUUUUUGUCAUCCUUGACUUCUUAGUGGUUGGUGUAGCCGUUUACGGUGGGAUUGAAAUCUCUUUCCAUUCACUGGUUAAUGAUUACCAGACUCAAAAGAAAAAGAAAAACCAGGAAGAAACUAGAAAUCCAGAAAUUAGGAUAAUGAGUAGGUCCAGAAGCUAUUUCCUGUUCAGGGACACCAUAAAUGAGCCCGGAGAAUCUUGCGAAAAUCAAUCGCCUGGCUGUAGUGAUGAUGAAUUCUCACAGCUUACAAAGAUUAAGUCAGCCCCAAACAAGCGUCUGGCCAAGGUUUUGCCUGGAAGGGCCAAAUUACCGGUUUCGCCUGUGAAUAUGCUGGUUGCCAGGGAAUGCAAUUACAGUGGGAGAGGGAGAUUUUCGUCAUCCGACUCAUGUCACGUGCUUAGCCGUUACUUGCCCGUUCACAGUCCUUCAGUUGUUGAUAGGAUGAAUAGCUGCGCAUACGAAAGUCAUAUUAGAGUGUAUGAUGUCGAUAUGGGAUGGAAAGUGCGUAAAGACAUACGUGCAAAGAGCUUGAGGUGGACUAUUACCGAUACAUCUCUUUCGCCCGAUCGCCGUUUUCUUGUUUAUUCUAGUAUAUCACCUGUCGUCCAUAUCGUUGAUGUUGGAUCAGCUACAAAGGAAUCUCAUGCAAAUGUGACGGAAAUUCAUGAAGGCCUGGAGUUCUCAUCUGAUGUUGAUGAUUAUAACAACAGUUAUUCUUUUGGCAUUUUCUCUGUUAAAUUCUCUACGGACGGGCGAGAACUUGUAGCUGCCAGCAGUCGUGGAUCAAUAUAUGUUUACGAUCUCGAAUCAAAGAGAUUAAGUCUCAGAAUCCCAGCUCAUCUGUCAGAUGUCAAUGCCGUAUGCUUCGCCGACGAGAGUGGCCACAUCAUAUAUUCUGGCAGUGAUGAUCACCUCUGCAAAGUAAUGUCUGUUUUCCGUUCUAGAAUAUAUCAAAACUUGCUGGUUUGGGACAGACGUUGCUUUACGUCUAGUGGGCAAGCUGCUGGAGUUCUAAUAGGACAUUUAGAAGGCAUUACAUUCAUUGAUUCGCGUGGAGAUGGCCGUUACUUCAUCUCGAAUGGAAAAGAUCAAGCCUUGAAACUUUGGGAUAUAAGGAAAAUGUCAUCGAAUGUCGAUUACACACCAAGAAGGCGGUAUGCAGAAUGGGACUACAGAUGGAUGGACUAUCCAGAACAGGCGAGAAAUUUGAGACAUCCUGGUGACCUGUCACUGGCUACAUAUAGAGGCCAUUCUGUCUUGCGCACUCUCAUACGCUGUUAUUUCUCGCCGGCCUAUAGCACCGGGCAAAAGUAUAUAUACACGGGAUCAGCAGAUUCCUCUGUUUAUGUUUAUGAUGUGUUGAGUGGUGUUCAAGUGGCAAAGCUCGAUUAUCAUGAGGAUGUUGUGCGUGAUUGCAAUUGGCACCCACACUUCCCAAUGAUUGUAAGCUCCUCGUGGGAUGGAAUGAUUGCCCGUUGCGAAUUUCCAGGCAAUGGUGAAAACACAUUGCCCGUUAAGCAAACCAGAAGGAGAAGGCGAUUUUUCUACUGAUUUUUGGCUUUUAUGUAUGAUAUUCAUGUACAAGGUCUGUAGUGUAAGUGUAUACACCCUAAAUGUGCAUUUGAAGAAUGUUGAAUGUGCAAAUGUACUGUAAUAAUUAAUGAUCAGCAUUUUGGUGAAUAAACAUGAAAUGCAGUGCUUCUGUUUCUUCGA